CCUCCGUUCAGACGUCCGUCCCGCUCUGAAGACCGUAAGCCAUUGUUUUCAGGGAACCAGCGACACAUCCAGCACAUCCAGGACCACAAUGGCUGACGACAACAGCAUGCCAAGCUUCAGGGCUGCUGACUUGGUUAUCGAGCUGAGUUCCGCUCCGAAGCCCAAACCGGAUGUUGUUGACUUUGGGUCGGUCUUCACUGACCACAUGCUGACCAUAGAGUGGAGUGUGACCGAAGGCUGGCAGGCUCCGCUCAUAAGGCCCUUUGGGAACCUGUCGCUCCACCCGGCCUGUUCAUCACUACACUAUGGCAUUCAGGUGUUUGAAGGCUUGAAGGUUUAUCGCGGGGAUGACAACCAAAUGCGCCUCUUCAGACCGAUGCUCAACAUGGACCGCAUGGCUAACUCCGCUAAGAGAGCUUGUCUACCUGCUUUCGAUCAGUCAGAGUUGCUGGAGUGUAUCAGGAAGCUGGUAGAGACUGACCAGGACUGGGUUCCUCACUCAGACACAGACAGUCUGUACAUCAGACCGACGUUCAUUAGCACUGAGCCAUCUCUGGGUGUAAAGAAGCCAGCCCGCGCUUUGCUGUAUGUGAUUUUGUGUCAAGCCGGCUCUUACUUCAAGAACCAAGCAAAGGCGAUAUCUCUUUGGGCCAGUCCAAAGUACACACGGGCCUGGAAAGGAGGAACUGGAGACUGCAAGAUGGGAGGAAACUACGGGUGUUCUCUGUUCGCCCAGUACGAAGCUGCGGAUUAUGGGUGUCAGCAGGUUCUGUGGCUGUAUGGAGAGGACCAUCAGAUCACUGAGGCAGGGACCAUGAACAUUUUCCUGCACUGGAUCAAUGAGGAUGGAGAAGAGGAGCUUGCAACUCCACCUCUGGAUGGAACCAUUCUCCCAGGUGUUACCCGACAGAGCAUCCUGGAACUAACCAGGAAAUGGGGUGAAUUCAAAGUGAGUGAGCGUUACCUCACCAUGAGUCAGCUGUGCUCUGCUCUCAAACAGCAGCGGGUCAAAGAGUUUUUUGGCUCCGGUACUGCCUGCAUGAUCUGCCCUAUAGGACACGUUGUCUACGAGGGAGAGAACUUGCACAUCCCCUGUCAGGAUAAACACUCACAGUUGACUUCCCGGAUCGCCAAAGAAAUCACAGAUAUACAGCAUGGCCGCACACCUAGCGAAUGGACGGUCCUGGUGUAGUGGCGGUGGGAGGAGCCGGGACUGACAAGCCCAGGAAGAAUGGUAUAAUGCAACAACUGACGCAUGUUGUUUCAGAAAGAAGAAAACAUACGUAUGUGCAAUAUUUCUGGUCUCACUGCAAUAUGCUGGAAAACUUUUCUUCUGCGGCAAUGCCACACCCGUUUUUUUUUAACUUAGAUCAUUGACAAACGCACAAAGUAAUUAACAAAAGUAGGCUAAUGUCUCACGCAAUGCUGUACAACAACUUACAGUAGCGCGAGAAUCUGGCAAAGAGCUGCAACUUUGGUUCAACACGAGAAGAAAAAGUGUGUGUUACAUGUUAUGUUUCAUAUCUUAUGUAAGAAUUACAAUGUAGCUAUGAAAGGACUUGAGCUUGAAUGAAGAGAGUAAUUAAGUUUACAGUAGCUGUAUACACCGAUCAGCCGCAACAUUAAAACCACUGACAGGAAAAGUAAACAACAUCGACCGUCUUGUGACAAUACAACGUUCUGCUGGGAAACCUUUGGACCUGGCGUUUAUGUGGAUGUUACUUAGACAUGUAUCACCGUCCUAGGCCAGAAGGUGACCAUAGGAGAUGAGGAUUGCCUUGAUGACAGGAGGUCAUUUCUCCUUGGCAAAUAAAAUCAUGCGUAACUUCCAUGAAAUUUUACGAGUGUUUCGGCGCUUCGCUUUGCGGAAGUUGGGCAAAUAAGCCGCUACCGUGCUGACUGGUGAACUUUAAACAUGCGGACAGAUUAGUACGGAUCGAACCGCUCCACUGUUUACACACCCUGUGUGUUCUGCAUCUUACUAUAUCAAGAAUCACGCUUCAGAAUAAACUGGAGACUAGUCAGGCACCUUCCUGAUGGCACUGCAAGCUUUUAUUUUCAUUUUUUUCUCUUUACCAAAUUACGUGAUUCCCUUGUGGCCAGGUGCUGGGUGCGGGUCCCGAUGGUCGAGGAGCCCUAAAAUUUGUGCACUUACAUUUAUAUCAUGUCAUACUUAGCUAAGUUUUAAAUGUGCUUCCUCUGUAAAAAGACAAUUAAAGACAGUAAGCAUAAGCA